ACUAAACUGCGCUAUCGAGCUAACGUGUUGUGGAUGUCUGCAACGAAAGCACAAACCGUGCUGGUACAUGUGCGCUGGACUUUCGGGUGGAUAAGAAGGUCAGCAGUCUCCAGCUCUGGAUCCACUGUGCUUAUGUUGGUAUCAGCAGCUGUUAGAUAAAUUGAGGCAGACGGGAAAUUUGAGUGGUUCUCUGAGAUCCACUCUCCAAUGGAAAGAGAUGCCAGGACCCCCACUUCCCCUGUCUGCACCACCCCACUCUGUGAACCUCAUCCCCAUGUUCUCCCCUGUUCCUCUAGCAGCAGUGAUGAUGUGGGUAGGAAGUCCUGCAGUCGAAGGACUGGACACCAGCGUGGAGACAGAGAACGUGUUCAAGGGCAGAGCAGGCUCAGUAGUGGGCAUGUGUUACCAGAACCAUCCGAAAUAAAUACACCUGCUGGCCCAAGAGAGACAGGCAGUAGCACGACAAGCUUUGCUGACCACACUGAAAGUCAAAAUCCAUCCUUUGAAUCCACAGUGGAUAUGGGCCAUAAGCGAAAAAUGCCAUCCCCCGUUACUGUGUCCAACCUGGAGAGCAUGAGCAGGUCUCUGCAUAAGCAGACGCUCAGUCAAUCAGAGAUAAAGAGGGAGUCUCCAGAGAGCCCACCGCCUGUUAAACGUUGGGUGAUCGGUCCUUUCUUUCAGUCCUUUAGAUCUAAGAUGGCCAGCUUCACUGACAUUGUCAUGAGUCCCACCCGUCUCUUCAAACCCAGUGAUAACCCAUCCCUCACAGUACACCCAGAUCCAAGGCGCUCAGAUGCUGAACCCACCAAUGGAGUCUUGCCACAGGCUGGGGGUGGGGUCCAGGAUAUGGGUGGUAAAGGCAAGGAAGACCCACGUACUCAUUUAUCCAUAACAAAAAAACAGCCCAAUACCGGUACCCCUAAUCACCGUGAGAUUGCAGGAAAAGUGAAGUUUGACACAAACUCAAAUGACCACAGUGGUCUCGAACAGGAACGUCCACGCUGUGGAGGGCAGUCUCCAGCCAAAACACCACCGCUGAAUCAGUCAGUCCAGUUUCACUCUGUCCUUGAAGAGAACGUUGAGGUUAAUUCCUGUUCAUCUAAUCAAAUGCUCAGAAAGAAAGGUCCUCUAUCGUCUCAGCUCUUAAACUCUGAAAGUGCCACAUGUGAAUCAAGUCAGCCCAACAAGCCAGGUGUUUUUGGCAGCAGACAAGACUGGCCAUUACAUAGGAAACAGACUAAACAAGACUUAGAAAAUUACCUAGUAAAUCCUUAG